ACACUAAGCCAGCCUCGUUUGUUUCCUUCAUUCAAUCCAUCAUCGAGUCCGAGGAGCAAACACGGCUUAUGGGGAAGAAGCUUGAUGCCUUGCUCGGAAGAGGCUUCAAGCCCUCCAAGUUCAAGUCAAUUAUCAGUGUUGCCAUUUCCCGUCUUUCCAUUUUCAAGAACCAGCGUGAGGCUCGCUGUAACCUCGCUCGUUCCGAUGUCGUGCACCUCCUUCAACUCGGCCACCAUGACCGUGCUCUUCUUAGAGUUGAGCAGGUGGUGAAGGAACAAAAUAUGUUGUAUGUGUUUGGUAUCCUGGAAGGGUAUUGUAAUCUCCUGAUUGAAAGAGUCCAUCUCAUUGAGCAAGAGAAAGAUUGCCCUGAUGAGCUCAAGGAGGCAAUCUCUGGCCUGCUCUUUGCAUCUUCUAGGUGUGGAGAUUUUCCCGAGCUUCAAGAGAUUCGUGCAAUCUUCAUGUCUCGAUAUGGAAAAGAAUUCGCUGCUCGUGCCAUUGAGUUGCGCAACAAUUGUGGAGUGAACACUACGAUUAUACAAAAACUCUCGACUAGACAACCGGACUUGCAGAGCAGAUGGAAUCUGCUCAACGAGAUUGCGGCCGAGAAUGGCAUUGCCUUACAACUCCAUGGAACCUCUGUUUCUGCAACUGAUGAAAUUUUGGAUGGAGGCAAGAAUCAUAGACAGCCCAAGCUAGACACAUCAGGUAAGGCAACCAACCAUGCAAGCCUAGGAGAUGACAACGACUUCUCCGAUUCACCAAAAGCAAGGAAAAAGUACAAGGAUGUAGCUGAUGCCGCUCAAGCAGCCUUUGAGUCGGCUGCACAUGCAGCAGCAGCGGCACGAGCAGCUGUGGAACUCUCCCGGUCUGAUUUCCAUGAUCCUGAUGAUCACAACAGUGCUGAUAGUCAAGGAAAAAGAGUGUUUGACAUUCAUGAACCUAGUUCUAAAGGUAAAGAAACUCAUCAAGGCAGUCAAGCAGAGGAGUCGAACCAGGGCACGAAGACCUCGGAAAUCAAAAUCUCGAGUCCUUCGAGUAAAGAAUCAUCAGAAGGAAACCUGGACAUGAGAACAAUGUCCUUGGAUGAAGUGGAUCCAAUCAAGCUAUUGGAAAAGGAUGUAAUUAUUCAUGAGAGUGAUGAGGAUAACCAUGAUUUCUAUGAUCCCAGUUUUGAUAUGAACACAAGGGAGUUAAAAGGCAAGGACAACGAGAACUCGGAAAAUACUGGACUGAUGUCUCAGAACUCAUUUAAUAACCAUGUCCCCACAACCCUUCAUGCUGACCUGAAGCUAGAGACUGGACCUGAAAACUCCUCAGAACAUGUCAUUCGAAGCACCAGGACGAAAGGUAGCCUACCCUUCACUAUAAUAAACAAGGGGCCAUUUUCUGUGAGGACUAAACAAUUAAGUGGGUACCGAGGAGCAUCAGUGUACUAAAAUCAUUUUUAAGUUCUGGCGAGUUGCAUUAUAGAAUCAGGCGGGUCUAUAAGUUUGUUAUUCAUUUUCAUCAUUUUGUUCAUUUUAAUGAGAUGUAAACUUGUUUGUAAGAUUUUGUUUGGAAUUGUUGUUGAAACAUAUUG